CGAACCCCGAACGGUCAACCCCGAACGUGCCGCGCCGUGUCACGAUAUACGCUGUAGGGUGUUCGACCCGAGGAGAGAAGGGGAGUUUUUUUCCACUUCUGGUGGCCCGAGUAGGGGAAAAAAAAAGAAAAAAGAGAGGGAAAGAGAGUUUGUCAGAGCACAGGAUUGCCACGAGGAGCACGAGUGUUUCUUUUGUGCUUGGUAUAUAUAUAUAUACAUAUUUACGUACUCCGUGAUCGUGGUGUUUUCGUGGAGGGAUAAAAAUAAGAAAGAAGUACGACGAGAAUUUCGACGGUGGUGAAGUUGUGACUUGUGACUUGUGCUUGUCGAUAGUGUGUGUGUGUAUGUGUGUGUCGAUCAGAAGAACGGUGUGGUACGAGGUGUGCCUCGCCUAACAUGCUCCUGCUCGACCGCCGACGCUCCGCCUGCUCCUCGCGGAUGAAAUUGAAUGGGAUCCGCAAAUUGUUGGGGGCGUCGAGCAUCGUAUGGUGGCCAGGAGCGGUGUGAAUUUUCGGCGUCGUUACGAAGAGGAUUUCCAUCAUCUAGUCAGUGCCCGUGCGGAAAAUCAGAUCAGCUGUGAUAAUGCGUGAAACUAUGAUAGUGCUCGCCGUCGAGUGUCACCUCGUACAUGAGAUUGUUUGAAAUUUGUGAGAGUGCUAAGUUGAAGGAAACACGGGGGGGAUCCCAAUUCGUUCCCAUCCGUAAUGACAGGAGAACUUGUUCAGUGAAAUUUCGAAGCGCGCUUAUUAAUAUAAAUACACACAAAUAUAUAUAUAUAUAUAUUUACACAUAUAAAGAGAGAAGAAAGUGGUUAUUUAUUCAAAAAUAUCCAUCAAUCAUGGUUACCUUGGACACGGAGCAAAAGUCCGAGAGGCAGCACUGCGCGCGACGCAUGUGCGCCAUUUGCAGACGCAUCAAGCGCGACAAAGCGCUGAAGGUGAAGCUUACGCUGAGGCGACCCAUCAAUCAGCUGGUUGCGCAAGGGAUCAUGCCAUCAUUGAAGACACCACCGGCGUUCCACGAGCAAAGGAAGCAACUGGAACGGGCGAAAACCGGUGAUCUUCUGAAGGCGAAGAUCCAGCAGAGACCAGGCAGGGAGGAGCUGGUUAGGCAGCAUAUCCUCGAGGAUGUGGGUCACGUGGAUCCAAGCCUGGCCGAGAGGCAACGGAUGCUGAAGAAGGCCAGGUUAGCCGACCAGCUGAACGACCAGCUCAGUCAUCGACCCGGCCCGCUCGAGCUCAUCCAAAAGAAUAUUCUCCACACGGAGGAGCCUAUUGAAAGGGCGGUCAAAGAGGGUCACAUUCCCUUCAAGGCCACUUGCGAGGGCCAAGUAACGAAGCCCCAACACCCAGACCACUACAUCACCUUCGAGGAUGACUCCCAGAGCUCGGAAGGCGCGCCCUCGCCCCAGCUGGAGUCCCGGUCGGACGUUCUGGAAACGGCGGCUGCCUCGGCUGGGAUAGUGACCGUCUCCCUCAGUAUUCCGACGACAGGCGGUGCCGUGGUGGUCUCGUCCACGUCGCCUGUGUUCCAACAAGCGUCCAACGAGUCGACGAUACAAACUUUCGCCGAGCUGUGCAACACCGUGGUCGGCUCGCAACAGCAGCAGCAACAGCAACAGCAGCAGCAGCAGCAUCAACAACAGCAACAACAACAGCAGCAAUCAUCUCAUCAACAGCAUAACCAACAACAACAUGCUUCCACGCAGGCGAGUCAGACAAACGGUCCAUCGACGACCCUCCUUCCACUGGCGCCGGCGCCGAGUCCGAUGUCCUUGGGCUCGACCACGUCCAGCCUGAGCCCCCUUUCCAAUAUCUCGAUAGCGUCGCCACCGGCACCACCGCCGGCCGCCAUCACCCCCAGGCCUCAGGCGAGCCCCAUAGCCGCCUCCACGUGUCAGAGGAGCGACGCGCCCGGCAAGGAUAAGAACAGGAAGAAGUCCAAGACCAAGAGUCAACCGAAGACACGUACGAUCAAGUUUCACGAGUACAAAGGGCCGCCAAACGCGCAGAAAACCUCUGUGUCGUCCACGACUUCCGGUCUCGGCUCGGCACCACCCGGCGAGACCAGCUACGAGCUUCUUCUUCAGCAGCAGCAGCUAUUCCUCCAAUGGCAGCUCGAAUGGCAGCAUAAGUAUCCUCAGAUCAUUCUACCGGCAGCGCAAAAGCCAUUGUCGUUGAACAGUAGCGGGGCAAGUGACGCUGGUAGCAUUAGCGGAAGCAGCUUGAACGCACCGAGCCCCGCACCCUCGAAUUCCUCCAACAAUCCCUCGGAGCAACCACCUUUGAGGCCUUUGGGCAAAUUGGAAGAUAUGAAAGUAAGUGAUCUCAAAGUGGAGUUGAAACGUCGAAACUUGCCUGUAUCUGGCUCGAAGCCGCAGCUGAUCGAGAGAUUGAAGCCGUUCACGGAAUCGUCUAGCGGCAACUCGACGUCUAGCUCGAAUGGGCCCCACGUGACGCAUAUGGGCCACAUAUUGAUGGACACUCCGGGGCCAAUGACAUCCGACGAGUCUAGCUCUCAUGCCAAGAGUCCUGGCUCCGCGGUCAAGGACGAGCCGAACAGUCCACGGACCGAUUCACCGCAUGGCAGCGAGCACGAUGAUCCAUCCAGUCCUCCAGUCCGUGUUUCAGGAGACGACAUAAUCAAAGAGCAAAGGAAACGGAUAGAAGAGUUGCAACGUGAAUUGUACAAAUCUCAACAGCAACUUCAGCAGAUCCGUCAAACCCAACCGUCUACGGUUCACGCUGAGAAGCUGGUGCUGCAGCAACAUAUACAGAACAAGAUGCAGCAGCAGCAGCUGGCGUUACAUUUGCAGCAGUUGCAGCAUUUGCAGCAGCAACAGCAGCAGCAGCAGCAACAACAGCAGCAGCAGCAGCAGCAGCAAAGUCAACAACAACAGCAGCAGCAGACGCAGCAACAACACGCUACGUUCCAACAGCUGAACGCGAAAGCUAGCCUCGCAGCGUUCCUGCAGGCACAGCCAAAUAACACUACUGCCAUUCUAGACUCUUCGACUUUGACCGCGAUUAACAAUAAGAAGAACCAGACGAAGAACAGCGCGACAGUUCAAAUACCUGCUGCGAUAGUUUUUAAUCUGCCCAAACCUACGAAAUUGAAUGGAACAUUGUUGAGCGCGUUGGUGGCACAAGCCCAACAACAACAGCAACAAACUGUUACCGCGGAGGAUGGAAAACCGCCACCACCUCAGUACGAUGAAGCCGCGAAGCUAUUAAAGGUAAAAAUUGAACCAGUUCAAAAAAGUCAUAUCAAGAGUCAAGUGGUGGAUGACGUGCUGGAGAUCCUGAUCAAGAAUGGCGAAUUACCACCGAGCGCCGCACAGGACCCGGCAACGCCAACUACACCCAACAGACAGCUACAGCAAAACUUGGUGUUCACAGCGCCAGCGGAUAGCCAAAGUCAUUCGUUGGUUUUCGCCGCUGCUAGUCCAAUCAGUCCGAUCAGCCCCAUCGCGAUGGAGGUUUCCCAGAGCGAUUGCGUGAGUUCACCGGCGCCGGCGCCACCGCCACCGCCUCCUUUGCCUCUGGCAACUUUCUCUAUACAGCUGCCAACCGCGUUACAACAGUUGCAGCAGCAAGAGGAGAUCUCCUCGUUCAACACAGACCUGUUAACCUCGGAGGGCGAGCUGGACGCCGCGAUGCUUCUCAGCCCGCAGUCAAAUCAGCAAGCGUCGCCCGAUCCUCAACCUCCUCAAGAAGUAACGUCGUCGGAUAACGCGAAUUUAGACCUUAAGGAACUCGAGCUAGAUCUCGAGACCUUAGACACGAUGGAUUUCAGUCAAUUGGAUUGCGACUUAGGUGUAAAGAUGGAAGCGCCUCAAGAGUUGAUGGACAUCGGCGACAUGCCCAUGGACAUGGAUGAUCCAGAUUGGCUCGAUUCAUUGAUGCCGCAAUCUCCUCCAACUUCUUCCACGACAGUGGCGAAUCAUCAACCGGCGCCACCGACGAGUUUGUCGAGCGGCACGGAUAUUUACGAUCCGCUGCUAGCCAGUAGCCAAGAUCCGUUUGAUCUCUUCAACAUGGAGGACUCUGAUUUCAAGAUGUCUUCCGAUCUUUUAACCUGGGACAAAGUCGACUUCGCGACCUAGCCCGAGAUCUUUCCUCGGAGCUCGGCCUUGUGUACUUAAAUCAACGGGAAACGAAAAAAGAUCCAGCGAAGCACAAAGACGAUCCAACAACGGCAAUGCCAAGUGCUAUAUAUUGUGAUUAGUCUGUGACUGUUUUUUUGGUGCAUUUUUACGAACCGUUUUGCAGUUGCUUGCCUCUGACAUUGUUCUCCAGCGACUUCGGCGCUGUGCAACUUCCCGUGAACGUUAAAAGAAUUGUACUUAUUACACGUAAAACUUAUGCUACUUGUUAUCAAGCGGAGAACUUUCUUAAGAGAGAGAGAGAAAAAAAAAAGAAAUUAGGAAUAACUAGCUGUAUAAUUUUCAAUCGAAGUUCGAAAUUCUAGGUGAGUAAUUUAUAAGCGUGAAAAAAAAGGUGCAUAAAAUUGCGAGAGGAUCGUAGCGUGAAAACACAAGGGUGAGAACAAGACCACGAAGCAAUCGUUUCUAAGGGAUUUUAUAAUAGAAGAUAAUUGUCAGUAGAGAAUGCCACGUAUACUUUGGUCUUCCUCGGUCAGUAUGAGUACCAAUGCACAGAAUUUUCGUUCUUUCGUUUCACGGAAUCGAUCGAGCAUUGGAAUCAUGUGAGUCGUUUUCUGUAAUCGUUGCUACUUCGAGAUCAAGAACUCAAAAAACAGUUUCAGUUUCUGGAAAACGAUAUCGCGUAUCUCGAUCGUAUCUCGUUCAUUCGAAAGAAACGAAGGUAAAGAUAUGCGAGGACGAACCACUAAACGAAAUAGCGGAUACGUCCCGCAAAUGGAAGUAAGACAACAACGACGAUAUCUUCAAAAUUCUCCAAAGAAUUUCCUUACGAGCGUUUUUAGCUAGUUUUUACUAUCCACUCUACAGUCGUGUGUUGCUUGAGUUUUAAUAACUGCGAAUAGCGUGUGUGUUAAACAGGAAAACGGGAAAGCUGCGUAUAUGUUUUUCUCGUAUGCUUCCCUCAUCCAAUCUCAUUUCUGUCGAUCCCAUUUCUGCAAAACAAAACCGUAUUCAAUUAUAAUGUUAUAAUUGGGAUAAUUAUUUACGAGAAUAUAUAUAUAUACAUAUACAUAUAUAUAUAUAUAUAAACACAUGUAUGUAUAUAUGUAUACACGUAUACAUAUGCAUAUAUAUAAAAUAUAAUGCUGUAUGCCGAGUUCGAAAGUAAACAUGCGUUGGAAGAAGUAAAAAGGAAAAAAAAUAAUUAAAAAAAAGAAAGAAAAGGAAAAAGAAAGUUCGACGGCUUUCCCGCACAGCUAUACAUAAUUUUUCUAAGGCAGAGCAUGUGAUGUUAGUGGUUACACAUACAUAUUUUAAUCAAUAAUCGCAUAAAAAUUUUCGGAAUGGGUGCGGACAAAAGUAUACCGAUGUCAGGGUAUUGUGCGGUUCUCCUGUUUUUUCGUUUCCCUUUACGAAUCUUUUUUGUUGUUUUUGUGACAUUCCAUGUUUUCAAAUGAGCAAGAGAUCGAAGCUACGCGUACCACGAGCCGCGCUUUUGUCCAUAUAUUUGAGCAAAAGUUAAGAAGAAUUCGUCUCAGAAUUUUAAUUGAUCAACCGAAGUUUCUAACCUAACUUUGUAUUUCGCAUUAUGUCCAAUUCGGAAUUAUACAUGUUUAUAAUGAUUGAAUCAUAUCAUAUAAGGCAAUAUUAUAUACAAUAAACAAACUUUCUAUUA